AUGGCAACAGAAGAAGAACGGAAGAAGCAACUGAAGAAGCAACAGGAAGAAGCAACGGGAGAAGCACGGGAGAAGCAACAGAAGAGCAACGGGAGAAGCAACAGAAGAAGCAACGGAAAAGCAACAGAAAAGCAACGGAGAAGCAACGGGAGAAGCAACGGAAGAAGCAACGGAGAAGCAACGAACGGGAGAAGCAACGGAAGAAGCAACAGAAGAAGCAACGGAAGAAGCAGAAGAAGCAACAGAAAAAGCAACAGGAAAAGCAACGGAAAAAGCAACGGAAGAAGCAACGGGAGAAGCAACAGAAGAAGCAACGGAAGAAGCAACAGAAGUAACGGAAAAAGUAAUGAAGGAGUGCGGCUGCGCCUUGGCUCCCCGCAAGGAGCCUGCCUGUCAUCUCCUACAAUGGUCUAA